CUCGGCGGCGAAGGGUUGGCGGUUGGCUCGCUCGGGGAAAAACAGGUUCGCGUACCGUGCGUUUUCGCGUCGCUCGAUCUCGCGAUCGCCGACGCCGACGAAUCUCGCGAAAGGGAGACAACGAUCCGCCGUCCGGUGCUCUCCCCGAUCUCUUCCGGAGCAGUGGGCAGCGGUACGCGUCGGGAGAGCGCUCUCGGAAGUGGACGAUAUACAGCUACUCCAUCCGCGGACGGAGAGUGCCGCGAGCGCGGGAGUGCGCGAGUGCGGGCAGCAGAAGUCGCGAGUGGAACGAUUCGCGGAGGAGCGACUAAUUCCGCAUAUAGUUGCGUUUAUGUACGGUGUGUUUGUGCGUCGCCCGUAAACGGCGGACGCCGUCUUCCGCGGCCUGGCUGAGAUCGCGGCCGACUUCAGGUCUUCAGGUGGCCCGCGAAGCGCGUUCGAGGCGCGCGAUUCACCGACAAUCGCCAAUAAUAGAGAGAGGCUGGCAGCUGCUGUCGUCCCCGCGUCGAAAGGCGGACGUCGUGACAGCGGGAGCGAGGCGACGUAAACGGGACAGCUCGCGGGGAGAGGGAGCAGAGGGUACGCCGAGCGUGCGUAUGCUGCAAAAUCUGGAGAGGACUUCGCGAAUGGGGGCACGGUGCCACCAGCAGGUUGACGUAUGAAUGGUGUCGGGGUCACAGGGACGCACGCCACGUACGUGAAUCCACUUGACAAGAUGUCAACGACCACCGACGUCAGCGACUUGGCGGCGGCGGCGGCGGAUCUCCCGAAGGAAGGGACGCCGAUCUUCCUGCAGACCCGCGCGGCCCAGGUCAUCGCCGGGGUGUUCGUGUUCGCGGCGCUUUUCCUCACUUGCCAACAGAUCUACCAGCAUCUAAGGUGGUACACGAAUCCCACGGAGCAGAGAUGGAUAGUGCGAAUUUUGUUCAUCGUGCCCAUCUACGCUAUUUACUCCUGGAUCUCGUUGCUGUUCUUCAACAGCGAGAGCUACUACGUUUACUUCUUCACCGUGCGGGACUGUUACGAGGCGUUUGUUAUAUAUAACUUUCUGUCGCUGUGCUACGAGUACCUAGGCGGUGAGGGAAACAUCAUGUCCGAGAUCAGGGGCAAGCCGAUACGCUCGAGUUGCCUGUACGGCACCUGUUGCCUGGUCGGGAAGACCUACACCAUCGGCUUCCUGAGAUUCUGCAAGCAAGCCACUUUACAGUUUUGCCUGGUCAAGCCGGUGAUGGCGUUUGUCAUCAUAUUUCUGCAAGCCUUCGGUCAUUACAGAGACGGUGAUUGGUCACCCGACGGUGGCUACAUUUACAUCACGAUAAUCUACAACAUCAGCGUGUCGCUUGCGCUUUAUGGGCUGUUUCUGUUCUAUUUCGCUACGAGAGAUCUACUGACGCCGUUCGAGCCUGUGCUCAAAUUUUGUACAGUCAAGAGCGUCAUCUUCUUGUCGUUCUGGCAAGGAGUUCUGUUAGCCAUCUUGGAGAAAGCAAAUGUCAUUUCGCCCGUUAUAAACAGUCUGGGUCAAUCAACGAGCGCUGGUACAGUCUCCGCCGGUUACCAAAAUUUCCUCAUUUGUAUCGAGAUGUUAUUCGCUGCUAUAGCUUUACGUUACGCAUUCCCGUAUCAAGUAUACGCAGCUGGCUGUGUUACUGACUCCAGAGGUAGAAGCGUGACGAUGCAAAGCAUCAGUAGCAGUUUGAAAGAAACGAUGAAUCCAAAAGACAUUAUGACCGAUGCCAUCCAUAAUUUCCAUCCACAGUAUCAGCAGUACACGCAAUAUAGCGCAGACGUUAAUACCAACUUGCCGUACGAAAAGAUAUGACACAGUGAGGCGUCACUUUUUUAAUUUCAAGAAAUUGGACAUCGAUCUUUAUGCGCGACUUUAAAUGAGGAUCGAAAGAUACACGAUACAGCACUAUACUUUGCUUACGGAAUUAUACAAUGCCUUAGAGAUCGGUAUCUGUCCGCAAGGGGUCGAUAAAAAUGAAUUCUCCGCUGAAAUUACAAAAUAAGGGUUGUACUUAAUAUACCAUCGAUAUAUACGUAUUAUAUGCAUAUAAGACCCAUCUAUUUUGCGAUUAACAAACUCUGCUGUAAGAUAGAAGUUAAGCACUUAACAUAAGAGGAGCAUUUAGGAAAGAGGAAGAAAGUAAACGGGAGAGGGAGAGAAUGGCGUAGUUCCACUUCUAUAGGAGAGUGUUGCUCUAUAAUAAGUGUAAAGAAUAAUUAGGAUAUUUAUUAAUAUAUCGUGUCUUUUUUUUUUCUAUAACAUUGUAACUGUCAACUUGAUUUUAUUGCUUUUAUUUUAUAUUCCUACCACAUGGUACCAUGUAGCAUGCGAAUAUACGGUAUGAAACGGCCGGGCAUGUAAAGCACGUCAUUAUGUCCUCUUUCUCAACAGUACUGCAUUUACAAUGGCAGAAUUAUCACAAUCCUAGCUGCUUGCGAUUAUUUUAUUUUUUAUAUUAAUAAUAAAUUGCAUGAAUCGUUUAUAUUGAGCGAUUAUGUCGCAUUAAUAUACAAAAAAAAAUUU